CCUCUGUGGCCUUUGCAUAGUGCUUUGCUUAUCUUGAAUUCAGUUGAGUAAAUGAAAUUAGAUCCUGGCACAGGAUAGAGAAACAGUUUUGGAAGGUAUGCACUUUCUAGAGAUCAUAGUUGAGCUACAGAGAUAGAUGGAAUUUAUGAGGGUUUCCACAGUUCUUAUGUUGUACAUCCACUAAGAAUGGGUUAAAAGUGCAGGACAAUAGGGACUGGAAGUUGUCAAUUUGCUUAUUUAUUAAUUUAUUUAUUGCCAAUUUGCUUAUUCUUAAACUGUGGGAUAACAUACAUAAUUAAUUCUCCUGCUUGCUUUCUAUGGCUGCCUAUUAUUUUCUGUCAUCUGUAUUGUAGACAUGUGCCAUUCACUGUAAUAGCCUAUAGUCUCAUAUGACUAUUUAAAUUUAAGUUGAGGGGUGCUUGGCUGAUUCAGUCAGAGAAGUGUACAACUCUUGAUCUCAGGGUCUUGAGUUCAAGCCUCACUUGGGUAUAGAGAUUAUAUAAAUAAAUAAACUUUAGAAAAACAAAUUUGAGUCAGAUAAAUUUAAAAAUCAGAUCCUGCAGUAGCCAAGCCAUGUUUUUGGGUGCUCAGUAGUUACUUUUCGCUAAUGGCUGCCAUAUUGGAAGGCACAGAGAGCAUCCUCAUAGUUGCAGAGAGUACUGUUGGCCUGUACUGAUCUAGAUUUAUCUUUUACCUGUAAUUGUGAAUGUCAUGGUAAAGUUGGCAUCUGCCUUUUGGUUUAGAAGUUUAAAAAAAAAAUUAGUUUUUCAGAUAAUGAAUAUCCAAAUCACAGAUGUUUCUAAUUUAUUCCUAAUUUAGACUAGAACUUGUUACAAAGGUUAAGGAUGGGACCUUGUGUAUUUUUUUCUGUAUUGAACUGCUUGAUUAUGAAUAUGCUAAAUGAGUCGGGUAAGCUGAGACCUUGAGGUAGUUAAUUUUUGCAAUAUGUCUUUGUAAUGGAAUUUGAUACCUACAGUAUUUGAAGGUGCAUGUGUUUUUUAAGAAAAUCAGCAAGUACUUGCACCUGUUUUGUGCCAGAUACUGUUAUUGGUGCUGCAGUAAAUAGGACUGAGUCCCUGUUCGCUGUCUGCAUGGGGCCACUUUCUAGUUGGGGAUGUGGUAAGGGAGGCACACGCUAAACAAGUAAAUACAUGUACAUUUUAUUAAUUUUUUUAAGUAGACUUUUUUAGAGCAGCUUUAAGUUCACAGCAAAAUUGAACAGAAAGUACAGAGAAUUCCCAUAUACCUAUUGCCUGUCAUCCCUCCACCCUGUGGUGUUUUUAUUUUUAAAUUUAGGGUCCCCCUUAAUCCUUACUACCAUGUAAAUUUGUGUGAGUGACUUACUGGACGAGGAAUGCAGAAUAGUCUUGAUUAAACUCACUUUCAGAAAAUACUUUGGGCGAUAGAAUUCAGAGGAGCUUGCUGAAGAUACUGAUGAGAAUCAUAUUUCUAUUGAGGAAGGGGUAAAUUCAUGGUUGUAGCUGGGUAAGUUGAACUUUACGGAAAAAGAUUGUGAAAAAACAUUGAAUGGGUUAAUAGAGUUGCUGGGCUGUAGCUGAUUUUUCUUUUUAAGAAAAUAUAUGUAUAUUUAACAAAAGUUAUUUAAGAAACAAAGAAAAGUGCAAAAAGAACACUAACCCCACCCCAUCUAGAGACAGUCUCUGUUCAUAUUUUUAUAUUCUCCCAGAUCUUUUCUGCUUGUGUUGGAAGUACACAUGCCUGUGCCUAUACUAUGUGCGGGUGCAGAUUUGAUAUCAUACUACAUAAUGCAACAUCAUUCCCUUCCUUUUUCUAUAUAACAUUAUGUCAGUGAUGUUCUUAAACACUUUAAAAAGUAGCUGUACAAUAUUUCAUAUUCUGAAUAGAUCUGGUUUACUUAACUAUUCUUUGUUAUAAGGACAUUUAAAUUAUAAGGAUUUUUUUUUUCACUGGUUUAAGUAGGGCCGUAGAGAGCACUUUUUCCCUUUAACUUCCUAUGGACUGAAGAAGCUGUGAAGGAAAGUUUACAAUAUUAGUUCUUGAAAUCAUGAAUCCUGUUUAUAGCCCUGGUUCUUCUGGGGUUCCCUAUGCAAAUGCCAAAGGAAUUGGUUAUCCAGCUGGUUUCCCCAUGGGCUAUGCGGCCGCAGCUCCUGCCUAUUCCCCCAACAUGUACCCUGGAGCAAAUCCUACCUUCCAAACAGGUUACACUCCUGGCACACCUUACAAAGUGUCCUGUUCCCCCACCAGCGGGGCAGUGCCACCAUACUCCUCCUCCCCCAACCCCUACCAGACUGCUGUGUACCCUGUGCGAAGUGCCUACCCCCAGCAGAGCCCCUAUGCACAGCAGGGCACGUACUACACACAGCCCCUGUAUGCAGCACCCCCUCAUGUCAUCCACCACACCACGGUGGUGCAGCCCAACGGCAUGCCAGCAACAGUGUACCCUGCUCCCAUCCCUCCACCUAGAGGCAAUGGCGUCACCAUGGGCAUGGUGGCUGGGACCACUAUGGCCAUGUCAGCAGGUACCCUGCUGACCGCCCACUCCCCAACUCCUGUUGCCCCCCACCCAGUCACUGUGCCCACGUAUCGGGCCCCAGGAACGCCCACCUACAGCUACGUGCCCCCUCAGUGGUGAUCACCCUGCAAAUGUUUGAGGAUGGAGCUGUGCAGUCACAUCUUGGAGGUUCCACAGCUGGUGCUGCAGGCCUCGCGCCUCCAACCUGGACUUUCUUCUUAAUGCUCUCGACACUUAGCUAACACUACUCUGGCCCGGCCCAGCAGGUCCCAGCGCCAUUAGUUUCCAACUGACUCUGUGGGUUGGUCUUAAAGCAAUUCCUGUUUUGUGGGCUGCCUGGCAAUUUUUUAGCUAACUGUAAUGAUAAAAAGGGAGUAUUAAUCUAUUCUGAAUCAUAUCUAGUUGAAUGCAUGUUUAAAAAAAACAAACAAAAAACAAAGCUUGCUCAAUCUACCUGCAGUGACUGAUGCAAAACCAUCAUAUGCAAAACCCAAAGGAAUGGAAAAGCAUUUUACAACUUGUAUCACUAAUGCACUGUUGUAAUGUAUGCAGAGUCUUCAAGUUAUAAGUGUUAAAGUGAAUUUCUUCAUAGAGUAUCUGAAAUCCCUUGGAUGAUUCUUCAGCCUUUGGGGUUGAUGUGGGUUGCCAGUUGGUAACGUGGACUUUGAGUUUUCAGCCAUCUGUUUCUUUCACACUGACUGCACGGGAAGAGAGUCGCAGGGACAGGGAAAGUGCAGGGUGGGCCACCACUGCCUGGGGCACAGCCAGCUUUCUGGACGUCCCUUUCCUUGCCGUUUAGGCCUGCCUAAACAUUGUGGUGUGGACAUUCUUAGAGAUGAUCAUGAAAGUAUAGUUGUAUGGCCAGUACAGUUAGGGGCAAGAGGUUGUGUAUCAGCAAAGCAGUUUUCUCUGCCAUCUCAAUUUUCAUUACAAGUCUCCUACACGUAGAGAUGAGGUUUUCUGUGUCUUUAUUGGGAAAGUCUUAUGUAGAACUAAAUUAUUUUCCUGGGAUGGAAGAUGUGUGAAGGAGAAACAGUCACACUUGGAGGAGGUAUUGGUUUCUCCUUUGUUUAGCUUAGAAAACCAUUCGUCCCUCCCGCCCCCAGAAGUUUCAGUACGGAAAACAUAUGUAGGCAUUGCUGUCCUCUACCACUCCCCCACCAACGAAGGGCAAAGAUUUCAGCUGUCUGUUACGAAGAAAGUUAAAUAUUUAAAAGAACUAUUAAAAGGGAACAAAACUUGAUUUGAAAUUGUUUCUUGUAGAGAGGCAGGGCUGUGGCUGUGUUUCAGCCCAUCCACCUGAAGGGGCCUUGUCAUCUGACGCCAUCUGGAGGAGACUUCUGGAGAUGGGUCUGGGGAGGUGUGAGGGAGGGGCUGGUGCCUCUGGUCUGUGAGCCUUGUCUGCCAUCUGUAGCUGAGGGCUCUCAGCACAAAGCAGGUAUGGACAGCAAGGGCCCAGGCAGCAUCAGAAUGCAUUUGCCUGCCAGGAUUUAUUUAGAAAGGAAUUUGUGUUUAAAGUCAGAAUAUUGUAUAUAAGAAAUGAAGGGGAUUUUUUUUUUUUUUUUUUUUUUUUUGCUUAAAUGUGCCCAGCUUGUAUCAGUGGGAGUGUGUCUGUUCACAGAGGGGGUGGGAGGGUGAGGGUUUUGUUCCCUUUCAGCAGUCUGUCAGGUGGGGGUGGGUGUGCUCCUAUUCACCCCAUCAUUUCAAGUGUAUGGGCUUUGGUUGGGGAGGGGACCCUGCUCUUAACGUCUCUGGCAGCUAGGUCAGGGCUCUGGCACUGGUUUGGCUUUUGGCCCCAUUUCCUGAGUGGGACACCUGACCCCUGAGUCUUUGGUAACCUUAUUUUUUAUAGUAAGUACCCCAUAAUUUUCUUUUUUCACGUUUUAUUUUAUAAGAAGUUUAGGAAUAUUUUUGCAUGGAUCAUUGUAAACAGAAGGUUCCUUAUUCCUAAUGUCUAUUAACAUAGUGUGCUUACUGAUAAGUACCUUAAAUUGCUUCAUUAGCACUUAACCCACGUGUGUCUGUGUGUGUGUGUGUGUGUGUGUGUGUGUGUGUGUGUGUGGAGAGAGAGAGAGUGUGUGUGUGGAGAGAGAGAGAGAGAGAGAGAGAGUGUGUGUGUGUGUGUGUGUGUGUGUGUGUGUGUGUGUGUGUGUACCAUGUACCCCAGGCACACAGUUUGUGUCUACUUUAGCUCUGUGCUGGUUAUUCCAUCUGUACGGUGGAUGGUUUAUAAUAUCCAUGAGGUUCCAAGGGUUCCAGGGCUGAACUGAUCAAGUAACAGAAAAGUCCAUUUCCCCAGUUUAGUGUAAUAGAUUAGGAGAAAAUAUGAUUUUAGUGUAUGCUUUAAAAAAGCCCUAAACAUCAAAAUGGGAAAACACACACACACACACACACACACACACACACACACACAUAUCCUAUGUGUAAGGGUGGAGUCACUCAAAUGUAGAAGUUAUAUCGGAUGCUUCAUUGGGCUUGCUUGAGACAUGGUGCACACAGGGUGAGUGUUUUCACAAGCACUGAAUUAAAUAGUGUUUUCAAGAGCAAGAAGGUUGGGUUGCGUUUUGCCCCCAUUUACAUCAGCUCAUAAACACUUUACCCCCUAUAAUUUUUUAAAAUCUUUUUUCCCUUUUGUGAAGGUGAGUUGGGAGACUUUAUCAAAUACCUUUGCAUAAUGGAAUACAUCUGUGUGGAAAUCUUUUCGCAUCAGGGCAUCAGCUACCAAAUAUAAUGAAAGGUAAAUCUUAUCUAGUAGGUAAGAAUCUGGACAUAUGAAUAGUAGCAAAACUAUCAUAGAUUGUAAUUUUAACAGCAGUUCCAGUAAAAAUAAUUAAGGAAUAGAACUUGUUAUAAAAUUGCAUAAUUUGAUAUCCCAAGCAUAAUUGUGGAACAGAGAAAUGGCCUUUUUUUUUUUAUGUGACAUUCCUAAUUUGAUACUCUUUCAGCUGAAUUAUGGUUCUUUUGGAAGUGGAGACAGGUAGGCAAGGACCUAAUUCCUCUAAACAUGAACAUCAUCAUCAUGGAUAAUUAAAAAAAAUCUUCUACAGCCUCUCUGCCAAGGUUCAGGAGGCCUGUUUCUCUGCUUAUGGAAGUUUUGUUUGGAUCUGGGCCUGGUGACUUGAGUGUUUAGUGAUGAGCAAUGUUCCCAUCAACCCACUGCCUCUGAGAAGUGAGGCCAACAUCAGGACCAGGGCCAUUCGUGGGAGGCAUGAAGGCAAGGCGCUUCCAGAACCUUUUAUGUCUUCUGUGUUAAAUCUUGUCAGAACAUUCUUGUUGGUAUGGUUAAUGAGGCCUACCAGUUGCUGUUCUGUGAAUCUGUUUCUUGAGUGCUAUGCAAAUGUAUUUAUAGGACAUGAGAGAGGUCUUGAGACUUGGGCUGGGUACUUGUUGGUGAGCAUCCUGCCCUUCCCACUCUCGGCGUACAGUGCCUUGCUCCAUCUGGUGGCACCAUCGCUUCUGUAAUAAGAGGAAAUAUAUUCUUACGGCAUUUUGGAUAUGCUGAUAUCUGGCACAUGAGUUUCUGUGAGUGUGCCUGCCAGUUGGUGGUGAAAGGGUGGCACACACCAACCACAUCAAUAUUGGGGCCUACUUCAAAAGGAAAUCCACCCUUCUUCACCUGUUCCUGUACACAUUUGGAAACAGUAUUACUCUGACUGGUUGGGCCACCUUCUCCCCACCUGGCAGCUAAUGGCUGGAUACCCUAGUCGUCGCCAACCUGGGUGUUGCCCAGUCAGGACAGGAUGCCUGUCUGACCCCUCAGCAGGCCCAUGGGCAGUUUUAAGGGCAAGUGCUUGGAGAGUGAGGGGCAGCUUCUGGUUCUUUCUGGUGCUUUCUAAGGGUGGGGGGGUUCUCUAGAGAGGAGUGUGGUUGGCUCAGGGGAAGGGCAGACUUCUUAGCUGUUUCUAGCAUAUCUCAAAUAUUUGUGUUUUUCCCCUGAGCUGUUUAUUAUUCAGCCUGAGCUCUCUGAAGGUGCGUCAGACUAUUUUGAACAGACGGAGAUGACGCGCUGCAGAGGAGGGUCUGAUCAUUUUGGGUAGAAAGUUGCAAAGUUGGUCUUACGUGUUUUAGAGGAUUUGUCGUGUCCCCCCCCCCCCCCCCCCCAUUCAUUUGAAGAACAGAAAACCCUAGGGGUAAUCUUAAAGUUUUCUCACUUGGGACAGGGAGACAGAGGAGAGGCAGGCAUCUGUUCAGGGAACCUGCAGUGGGCUUCAGGAAAUGUGUGCUCCCAGGGCUGUUGUGUUGGAGAUGACAGGUGUCUCGUUUGGGCCUCCUGAGCCCUGUCAGUCUCCCAUGGGUCCUUGUGUAGACUAGUGGUCAGUAAAAUAGAUGGGCUCUGCUGUGCUCCUGGCAGGGUUUAACGUGAUGGCUGCUCUGAGGAGAGGUCCCAAGGAGCCACGUGGGUUGUGACUGACUAGGAAAUGGUUCCUUUUUUUUUUUUUUAAUGAUUUUUAAAUACUUUUUUUAGACCGUUUUCUUGGUACUUUUUUUAAGCUUAUGUCGGCAUUGUCUUCCAUUGUUAAAGGCAUCCCUCACCUCUGCAUUGAACUUACGGUGUCAAUCAAUACAAAGGAAUGGAACAUCCAUCCUGAGCCAGUUCCAUUAAGUGUAAAUUCAUACUAUUUUAAUUUUUUAUGCAAUCUGAUGAGUAGAGCUCAGAUUUAAAAUUCUUAAAAGCACGUUUAUUGUAACAAGACUUGUUAUGUAUUAAUACUGCAGUUUUCAAUAAAGAUUGACUUGUGUUGCA